UUUGCCGCUGUGGGGGCGGGGGAAGGCGGAGCGCUGCGCGAGAGCGCAGGGGGCAGCUCGCGGCUCCGGCAGCGCCGCGCCGCGCCUCUGCCUGGGCACCUCCUUCCUCGGCGGUCGCUCCUCUCCUUCUCUCUUCCUCCCACCCCCCGUUGCGAGUAGCCGGUGCCUCUCCUCCAUGCGGGAGAAGAGGAGGAGGUGGGAGCUGCUCGCCGGCCAUCCCCGGCGCCCGGCAAGUCGGAGCCGACCCGCCGCCGCGCCGCUUCUGCCGCAUCUCCCCACGGCGCGCAGCCGGCGCUGAGCCCUGCUCGCCGCGCCGCCCCAGCCCCCCUUCCUUCUAUUCUCACCCCCCCCCUCCUUUUCCUUCCCCCCCCUUCCCUUCUCCCCCUUCCCCCCCCCCCCCCCCUCCAUUUUUGCCCCCUUUGGUUCUCACCCUGGCUGCGAGCAAAGUGUCUUCAUGAGCGCAGAGGAUGUCCGGGAAGCACUACAAGGGGCCUGAAGUCAGUUGUUGCAUCAAAUAUUUCAUCUUCGGCUUCAAUGUCAUUUUCUGGUUCCUUGGCAUAGCAUUUCUUGGGAUUGGAUUGUGGGCAUGGAAUGAAAAGGGAGUGCUGUCCAAUAUCUCCUCCAUCACCGACCUGGGAGGCUUUGAUCCAGUUUGGCUCUUCCUAGUAGUAGGAGGAGUUAUGUUCAUUUUGGGAUUUGCGGGAUGCAUUGGAGCUUUGCGAGAAAAUACCUUUCUUCUCAAAUUUUUUUCUGUGUUUCUUGGAAUUAUUUUCUUCUUGGAGCUUACUGCUGGUGUUCUAGCAUUUGUUUUCAAAGACUGGAUAAAGGACCAGCUGUAUUUCUUUAUAAACAACAACAUCAGAGCAUACAGAGAUGACAUUGAUUUGCAAAACCUCAUAGACUUCACACAGGAAUAUUGGCAGUGCUGUGGGGCUUUUGGAGCUGAUGACUGGAACCUUAAUAUUUACUUCAAUUGCACAGAUUCCAACGCAAGUCGAGAGCGCUGUGGUGUGCCAUUCUCUUGCUGCACUAAAGACCCUGCCGAAGAUGUUAUUAAUACUCAGUGUGGCUACGAUGCAAGGCAAAAACCAGAAGUUGAUCAGCAGAUCGUUAUCUACACUAAAGGCUGUGUCCCUCAGUUUGAGAAAUGGUUGCAGGACAAUCUUACCAUAGUUGCUGGUAUAUUCAUUGGGAUAGCAUUACUGCAGAUAUUUGGGAUAUGCUUAGCCCAGAAUUUGGUUAGUGACAUUGAGGCUGUCAGAGCCAGCUGGUAAAACUGCUGAAGUAACUACAACAAGACACUGGACAACUGAAACCCUCUGAAACCUCCAGUGUGUCACUGACACCAAGCUGUAUGGACAUGGGUGACAGGGAAGCCUUCUCUCCCAAGCAGUCUCAAGUCUAAGUUCCUGAUACUGCAGAAAACUCGUGUUUCUUUGGGGUGGGGGAGAGAAGAGUGGGCUAUUUAAAAUCUGCUGCUCACUGACAAUUUUUUUCUUUAAAACCACCAGUUUGAAAGCUGUUGAGCCGUGAAUCUCUACUGUAUUCUUGAUCCUGAGUAACAAGUGGACACUUUUUUUAAAUUGGUGUAUUCGGUGGGACAGAGUUGCAUCAUUGUAGUCUGUGGAUAUGCUGUUAAUUCUUCGUGUCAUGAGCUCUUCGAUAGCUGCCAAAUAUUCCUGAGAUGGUUUCCCUCCUCACCACUCUGUAAAGGAACAAUCUUCUUGUUUUCACAGCUAAACAUAGCUACAGGCCUAAACCCAUCAAGCAGGAAGCAACUUUCUAUGCAUCUAUUGUACAGUAAAAGAAAUUGUUUUUAAAACAAGGGAAAAUUUUUUUUUACGCAAGCUUCCAGCCAUCUCCCUAUAGUACUUGGAGGUUGGAAUCAGCAAGCUCACAGGGAGAAUUGCCUAAUUUUAUCAACAGUUUUCUUCCUUCUCCACCCUUGUAUGAAGGGAAAGGAGUUUUAUAUUUGACAAACAAGGGUUGUAGAGCCUUUGGUUGCUGCCAUACCUUAGGACAUCAGUCUCUUAAGGCAAGGAUGGGAUAUAACUGUAUAAAUGUAUGAAAGCAGCGUGGAUGUUGGGUCCAAGUGAAUAAUAUUAUUCAAAGAAUGAAUUAUAUAUUAACUUAAAAAAAAUCAAAACGUAUGUAUCUGAUAUGGCUAAACCUUUUUUUUUCUCUGGAAUUUAGUGUAACCUAAUGUAUUUAGGGAUCUCACUAAUAUUAGUGCUUUGAUAUACUUGUGCAAAGCUUCUUUUAAGAUAAUUCCUUGGUCUGUUCCUAGCUGAGGCUUUGGUGUUUCUUUUUUUCUUUUCUUCUUUUCUUUCAUUCUUUUUACUUGCAUGAGCUGUGGAGUAAGAAUCUGUGACACUCCGGUGCUUUAAAUCUGUGCAUAUGUUUUAAUACAGUCUAAUCCAAACUUAUUUAUUGGUAAAUGCAUGUGAUUAUGGAAAGAUUGUAUCCUGUUCCCUUGGAAGUUGGAGAGAACAGCUUUUGCCAGCGUAAAUACUUACCUCCAGUAAACAAAUCCUUGCGAUGGAGAUGUGUCUCUCUUUGUUGCUUUAGAUGCAACAAAAAGCUUUCUUAAAACAAUGGAAUAAAAGUUUUUAAAUAGAAGCGCAUAUUAGGAUCAGCCAAGACAGACUCUUUUGAAUUGGACAAAAGAGAAUAGAAUUUGGAAUAAAGCACAAACAAUGGAAGAAGAAUUAGAUCAGAAUCCAUCCAGCUUAGAGUUUUUGAUUCAUUCUUCUUCACUAAUAAUAAUGAACUUACAAACCUGGGUAGUUUUAUUGCACUUUGUACAAAUUUAGCUUGUUAUAUGACCCUUCUCAGUAUCUGCAGAACCAGUCCUGAAAGCUGUGAGCUCUUGGCUCAUACUUUGGUCAGCCAGUGGUAAAGGGCAUAUAGCCCCUCGUUGAAAGAGCUUAACAUCUUUCUUUAAUGAGUUUCCUAAAAUUAAGAAUGUGGAGUAGAAGAGAUGGAUGCAUUGCUUUCAAAGCUUCCCUAGUCUGGGGGAUGGAUAGAAGGCUGGUCUGAUGACUUAAGGUCCUUUCUGGACCUAUGACUCUUAAACAUGUGAGUAUAUAUACCCUUGCACAUUUUCCCUUUCAGUGCUUUAGUCGGCUGUGGUUUUUUUCCCCUCUGAAGACUGGUGGUAGGCACACUGGUGCUCCACAGAUGCCUCAGACAGUCCUGUUGUCCUCCUGUCUUUGAGAAUUACCUCAUCCUCUUCUGGUUAACUCCCACUGACUGGCUCUGAAUCAGGCAGCCUCCGUAUCCUUUGGUAUCUGCUGUUAAAGGCCAGCCAUGACUCAGAGUAAUUUUUUUUUUUUUUAAAAGCCUUUGAAAGCAAUUAUAAUUCACUGUCCUUAAUAAAAAGUUGGUUCCACCUCA